AUGGAUGACCGUCGAAAAACGACUCGCGCCGCGCUCAUUUCAAGCCGCUUUCUUGCGGCGUUGCUCCUCGCUGCGGCUGUGGCGAGCGCGCUCCCCCCCGCAGAAGCGGUUCCGCCCGGCAUGCCGCGGAAGCCCGCGCACAUCGUGCGGGUGCUGCUGCGACAGAACCGGUUCGGCGCGCGUUGCCUGGACGGAAGCCCGCCGGGGUUCUACAUUCGCCGCGGCUACGGCACGGGGCGGAAGAGCUUUAUAAUAUACCUGCAGGGCGGCGGGUGGUGCCAUAACGUGGCGCAGUGCGCGGAACGCACGCAGACCGUGCUUGGAUCGUCCAAGUUCUGGCGCCACCCCACCGACCCGGGAUUCCAAGCCUCGCUGCAGAAGUAUGGGAGCACGUUCACGGGCAUUCUGAGCCGCAACGCGACAGAGAACCCGUCGUAUUACAACUGGCACGUGGUCAACGUCUUCUACUGCGACGGAGGGGGCUUCUCGGGCACUGCCGGGGCUGUACGCGUUAACAACACCUUCUCCAUGCACCUUGACGGCGCGAAGAUCCUUCAAGCUGUCCUUGAAGACCUGCAGCUGCGGUGGGGAAUGCGCACGGCGAAGCGGGUGCUGUUCACGGGGUGCUCGGCGGGCGGCCAGGCGGUGUCCAACACAUGCGACAUCGUGGCGGACCAGCUGCCCUGGGCCAACGUCAAGUGCCUCAUGGAUGGAGGCUUCUUCCUGGAUGGCUCUGAUGUAACGGGGCAAAUGUACUUCCGUACGCUGGCCAAGAGGAUGACGGAACUGCAUCACUCUAUAAUGGAUCCCGAUUGCAAAAACGCCAAUCCCCGGGGCCCCUGGCGCUGCUUCUUCCCACAAUUCAAUCUCUUCUACAUCUCCAGACCACUUUUUAUCGUUAACUCAGUGGCCGACUAUGCAGCCAUUGAAAUCGCCAACCGCCAAAAUGCCACCGUUGAAUGGGCGUGUCGCCAUGAAUGCGGGGAGCCCGUCGUCCACCCCCAUUCCCCGGACCCCUCAUUUCCCCCUCUUCUCCCUCACAUUUCCCCCACUACUCCUCAUUUCCCCCCCUUCUCCCUCAAGUUUCCCCCACUACUCCACAUUUCCCCCUUCUCUCCCUCACAUUUUCCCCCCUUCCUCCUCUCAUUCCCCCCCCUGCUCCCUCGAUAUUUCCCCCACUUCUCCUCCACACUUCCCCCUACUACUCCCUCUCAAUUUCCCCCUUUAUCCAUUUCAUCCCCACCCCGUCUCCUCCCCAUUGGCCCCCCUUCUUCCUCUCAUCUCCUUUAUUGCUCUAUUUCCCCCACUGCUCCCCCUCACUUCUCUCUCUUCUCCCUCUCAUUUACCUUGCUGCUCCCCCUCAUUUCCACCGGCUCUCCCCCACUUCUCCCCCCCAGUUCUGCCGGCUUCUCGCGUCACCAACUGAACGCGUCUCCAUCUGCUCGCUUGUCCCUAAACGCAUCACACGCGCUGCGAACCGCGAGCCUCGCACGCCAUUUCGCCAUUUCCCCACUUCGCCCUAUCACUUCCCCCGGAGCUCUCCCCCGUGCUCAAGGCCCCCUGCUCCCCCUCGUUCCCCCCUCUCCUUCCCCUUGUUUCCCCCUCUGCUCCCCCUCGUUCCCCCCUCUCCUUCCCCUUAUUUCCCCCUCUGCUCCCCCUCGUUCCCCCCUCUCCUUCCCCUUAUUUCCCCCUCUGCUCCCCCUCGUUCCCCCCUCUCCUUCCCCUUAUUUCCCCCUCUGCUCCCCCUCGUUCCCCCCUCUCCUUCCCCUUAUUUCCCCCUCUGCUCCCCCUCGUUCCCCCUCUCUCCUUCCCCUUAUUUCCCCACCUGCUUCCCCUCGUUCCCCCUUCUCUACCCUUUCAUUUCCCCCUCUGCUACUCAUCGUUCCCCCCUCUCCUUCCCCUUGUUUCCCCAUUUGCUUCCAUCGUUCUGAACUCUAUCCUUCCCCAUAUUUCCCCCUCUGCUUCCCCUUGUUCCCCCCUCUCCUUCCCCUCCUUUCCCCCCAUGCUUCUCCUCCCUUUACCCCCUGCAUCCCCUCCUUUCUCCACCUGCUUCCCGUCCUUUCUCCACCUGCUUCCCCUCCGAUCCGCCCCUGCUUGCCCUCCUUUCGCCCCCUGCUUCCCCCCUUUUCCUCCAUGGCUUCCCCUCCUUUCACCUCUUGCUUCCCCCCUUUCCCCCCCUACAUCCCCUCCUUGGAUUCCCUUGCUUGUCCUCCUCUUCUCUCCUGCAUCCCCUCCAUUACCCCCCUGCUUCACCUCCUUUCCGCCCCCGCUUCACUUCCUUUCCCCCUCUGCUUCCCCCCUUUUCCCCCACGGCUUUCCUUCCUUUCCCCCCCUGCCUCCCCUCCUUUCCCUCCAUGCUCCUCCUCCCUUCCCCCCCUGCUUCCCCUCCUUUCCCCACCUGCUUCCCCUAUUUCGCACCCUCCUUUCGCUCAUUUUCCCCCUCGGCUUGCCUCAGUGCCUCUCUAUCCCCUUACAACCCAAUCAGCUCCUUCGAGCUUGCUUAGCCUACGGGAAAUAUCCUACCGAUGUAGGAGCGUGUGGGCUAUCCUCUCACUACUGCAGUUUCAGUUUCCUUUUGCAAUUCCUUAG